GCGGGGCGAGAGAGCGCGUCAAACUGGGCAGCCGGGCUGCCCUGAGUAGCCUCUGCGGUAGACCCCACCAUCUCUCCGAACCUCGCCCUCACUUCUUGCCAACCCCUCGGGCCCCCGCAGCCUGGUAAGGAGGCUACUCCAGCCCAGGAGCUCAUUCUGCAAGGCAGACCCGCAACCCGGAAAGGCGGUGCGGCAGAGCCCGAAGCCGGAUCCUGCUCGGACCAGGCCCCCGCGGGCCAGUGCCGCGGGCAUGUCGGAGGCGCGGAAAGGGCCGGAUGACUCGGAUGAGAGCCAGUAUGACUCGGGCAUCGAGUCUCUGCGCUCUCUGCGUUCCCUACCCGAACCCACCCCUACCCCAGCUUCUGGGCCCUCUGACAGCAGAGGCCCCCAGCCCUGGACCCAUCCUCCGGGAACCGCCAAGGAGCUACGGGAGAAGGAAGACACAGAUGGGGAAAGGGCUGACUCCACGUAUGGCUCCUCGUCGCUCACCGAACCCCUGAACUUUUGGGGGAGCCUCGAGACCGAAAACCCAUCGCCAGGCUCGCCGCUCCCUCCAGCGGGGAAGCUGAGCCCUCAGCAGCUGGAAGCACUCACUUACAUCUCCGAGGACGGAGACACGCUGGUCCACUUGGCAGUGAUUCAUGAGGCCCCAGCUGUGCUGCUCUUUUGCCUGGCUUUGCUGCCCCAGGAGGUCCUCGAUAUUCAGAACAAUCUUUACCAGACAGCACUCCAUCUGGCUGUACAUCUAGACCAGCCAGGUACAGUUCGGGCCUUAGUGCUGAAGGGGGCCAGCCGGGUACUACAGGACCGUCAUGGUGACACAGCCCUGCAUGUGGCCUGCCAGCGCCAGCACCUGGCCUGUGCCCGCUGCCUGCUGGAGGGGCGGCCAGAGCCAGGCAGAGGACCACCUCACUGCCUGGACCUCCAGCUGCAAAACUGGCAAGGUCUGGCCUGCCUCCACAUCGCUACCCUGCAGAGGAACCGGCCACUCAUAGAACUGCUGCUUGAAAACGGAGCUGACAUUGACGUGCAGGAGGGCACAAGUGGGAAGACGGCACUGCACCUGGCCGUGGAGACCCAGGAGAGGGGUCUGGUGCAGUUCUUACUCCAGGCUGGUGCCCGGGUAGACGCCCGCAUGCUCAAUGGGUGCACACCCCUGCACCUCGCAGUGGGCCGGGGCCUCAACAGCAUCUCAUCCACUCUGUGCGAGGCCGGUGCUGACUCUCUUCUGCGGAACGUGGAGGAUGAGACUCCCCAGGACCUGGCUGAGGAUCCCUUUGCUUUUUUGCCCUUCGAUGACCUCAAGAUCUCUGGGAAGCCACUGCUAUGUGCUGACUGAAGCCAGGACAGGAUCUGGGAUCCCAGAGGCUUCACCUCUUCCCAUCUGGAAGCUGGAGCCACAGUUGCUACAGUUUGGGGCCCAGGCAAUGCGCCCUUCUGGUAUCAUGGGGACUGCUGAAGCCAGCACAGUCCUGAGCUGAGAGGAGGGAUCGCAAAUGAGAGAGAGCCAUUCUGGAAGGAAGAGCUUCCCAGGUGGACAGAGACCCUUGGAAGAGCCCUCCCCCAAAGCCCAAGGUAUCCUGGGCGAAGUCUGUUUACCUCCCUGGAAGAUGGCAAGGGCUCUUGUUGCUACCUACAUUGGGUCACCCUGAAACUGCCAACCAGGAGGAAAACAUGGACUCUCCUGAGUGAGGAGAGAAACUGAAAUAUGAGUGAGCAGGGCCCUGAAGGGUUCCAUCCCACAGCUAUUGAAGACUCAAACACUGUUGUUUAAAGACUUCACACAGAAGGCCCCAAACUGAGCCUUUGGGGAAGGGGAAGUUUCAAUAACAUGACACUAAAACAGCAAAGACUUUUAAAAAGUUUUCCCCCGCCUUGAGUUGUUUUGCGUGCAUGCAUGCCCAUGUGCAUUGGGGAUUUUUAGACAGGCCUGCCCUGUGACCUUGUGGUAGAGACAGAGAGAAGAAAAUUGUAACCUGAGCAGGGUAGGACUUUGCUGGGUAGGGUAGCGGGGCUAACAGUCCUCAGGCAUCUCUGUCCAGCACAGACCCUUGCCCUUUCUGUAGAAAUGCAAAAGUAUGGAGGAAAAGAGAAAUAAGAAGACACAGGUGGGAGGCCUCACCACUGCCCUGGGGGGUGCCAUCUGGAGGAGCCUGGAGGGAAAGACCAGCCUAGGGAGGGUAACACAAGAGAGCUGUAGCUUUUUGUUUUUUUCUCAUAUUCCGUAUGUGUUUGAGGGGCCUAUUAGGUCAGGCCUAUGAUGAGAUGAAGAAUAUGGGGGAAUAAAUCAACAGUCUCUCGCUACCUGGAUCACAUAGUCUAGUGAGUGAGAUGGCCAUUAAAAUCAUAAAUGUGUA